GGGCAGGCGGCAGGGAUGUCGGCGAAGGAGAGGCCAAAGGGCAAAGUGAUCAAGGACAGCGUGACCCUUCUGCCCUGCUUUUAUUUCGUGGAGUUGCCUAUAUUGGCAUCAUCGGUGGUUAGCCUGUAUUUCCUGGAACUCACAGAUGUCUUCAAACCUGUGCACUCUGGAUUCAGCUGCUAUGACCGGAGUCUUAGCAUGCCAUACAUUGAACCCACACAAGAGGCAAUUCCAUUCCUCAUGCUGCUUAGCUUGGCUUUCGCCGGACCUGCAAUUACGAUUAUGGUAGGGGAAGGAAUUCUCUACUGUUGCCUGUCCAAAAGAAGGAAUGGAAUUGGCCUGGAGCCCAAUAUUAAUGCCGGAGGCUGCAACUUCAACUCUUUCCUUAGAAGAGCCGUCAGAUUCGUUGGUGUUCAUGUGUUUGGACUCUGCUCUACAGCUCUCAUCACAGAUAUCAUCCAGCUGUCCACAGGCUACCAGGCACCAUACUUUCUGACUGUAUGCAAGCCAAACUAUACCUCUCUGAAUGUGUCUUGCAAAGAGAAUUCCUACAUUGUAGAAGAUAUUUGCUCAGGAUCUGAUCUUACAGUUAUCAACAGCGGCAGAAAAUCAUUCCCUUCACAACAUGCGACCCUUGCUGCCUUUGCAGCUGUGUACAUUUCGAUGUACUUCAAUUCCACACUAACGGAUUCCUCUAAGCUUCUGAAACCUCUCUUGGUCUUCACCUUUAUCAUCUGUGGAAUCAUCUGUGGGCUAACACGGAUAACUCAGUAUAAGAACCACCCAGUUGAUGUCUAUUGUGGCUUUUUAAUAGGAGGAGGAAUUGCUCUAUACUUGGGUCUGUAUGCUGUGGGGAAUUUUCUGCCUAGCGAAGAGAGUAUGUUUCAGCACAGAGAAGCCCUCAGGUCUCUGACAGACCUCAAUCAAGACCCCAGCCGAGUUUUAUCUGCUAAAAAUGGUAGCAGUAGUGACGGAAUUGCUCACACAGAAGGCAUCCUCAACCGAAACCAUAGAGAUGCUAGCUCAUUGACAAACCUCAAAAGGGCAAAUGCUGAUGUAGAAAUCAUCACUCCACGGAGCCCCAUGGGGAAGGAAAACAUGGUUACCUUCAGCAAUACCUUGCCUAGAGCCAACACCCCAUCCGUGGAAGACCCUGUGAGAAGAAACGCCACCAUUCAUGCCUCUAUGGAUUCUGCUAGAUCCAAGCAGCUCCUCACCCAGUGGAAGAAUAAGAAUGAAAGUCGUAAGUUGUCCCUGCAGGUUAUGGAGACCGAGCCUGGACAGUCACCACCCAGAUCCAUUGAAAUGAGGUCAAGCUCGGAGCCGUCGAGGGUGGGGGUCAAUGGAGACCACCAUGGUCCAGGCAAUCAGUACCUCAAGAUCCAGCCUGGCACCGUCCCCGGGUGUAACAACAGUAUGCCUGGCGGACCAAGAGUGUCCAUUCAGUCCCGCCCCGGGUCCUCACAGUUAGUGCACAUCCCUGAGGAGACGCAGGAAAACAUAAGCACCUCCCCCAAAAGCAGCUCCGCUCGGGCCAAGUGGCUGAAAGCUGCGGAGAAGACCGUGGCCUGUAAUAGAAGCAACAGCCAGCCUCGAAUCAUGCAAGUCAUAGCCAUGUCCAAGCAGCAGGGCGUCCUCCAAAGCAGCCCCAAGAACACCGAAGGCAGUACGGUCUCCUGCACUGGCUCCAUCCGCUACAAAACCUUGACAGACCACGAACCCAGUGGGAUCGUGAGGGUUGAGGCUCACCCGGAGAACAACAGGCCCGUCAUACAGAUCCCGUCCACCGAAGGCGAAGGCAGUGGCUCCUGGAAAUGGAAAGCCCCUGAAAAGGGCAACCUUCGCCAAACUUAUGAACUCAACGAUCUCAACAGGGACUCCGAAAGCUGUGAGUCCCUGAAAGACAGUUAUGGUUCUGGAGAUCGAAAGAGAAGCAACAUUGAUAACCACGAGCAUCACCACCAUGGAAUCACCACCAUCCGCGUCACCCCAGUAGAGGGCAGCGAAAUUGGUUCAGAGACCCUGUCCAUUUCUUCUUCCCGCGACUCCACCCUGCGGAGAAAGGGCAACAUCAUCUUAAUUCCUGAAAGAAGCAGCAGCCCCGAAAACACUAGGAAUAUCUUCUACAAAGGAACCUCCCCAACACGGGCUUAUAAGGAUUGAGGGAUGGCCAUUCAAUCAUUUGGGCCACCCCCAAAAGACCACGUGUAGAUUCUACCAGUGCUCUGUUCCAGCGAAUCGAGAACCUUCUCACCAAACUAGAUUAUACACCAUCAGCCCGGAACUCAGUGACUCUUGAGAACUACUCUACCCAAGCUUGUAGACUUCACAUCAAGGGGAGGGAAAAGCACAAUGCAAGAACCUAACUAAUGUGAUAAUGUGAA